AUGGGCCUGAGCUGGAGGCUGGCGGACAGCGCGCACAGGUGGCGGCUAUCGGGCAGGCGGGGACCUGGGGGUGACGUCACGGGCUCUGGUCCCGGCGGCAGAAAUAGGAUGGCCGCGGCGGCUGUGGCUCAGAGGGUACGCGGGCGCAGCUCCAGAGCGGGCGCGGGGAGGGUGCCAAGCGGCCGCCGCCGCCUCCACCAACCCGUCCCGCUGCGCUCCGCCGGGGUCCCGCGUCUCCCUUCAGGGCCCGGCGCGGGCUCCUGUUCGUCCUCCCCGCCCGCGCCGGGGAGCAAGUUUGCCCGCCUGGCGGGCGGCAGGCACGGGCCACGAGACCCGGGCUCGGCCAGGAUGCGGGGUAAAUUAGUCUGGGAGCCGAGGCUUGUGGCCCGGGUCUGCAUUAGGGACCUGAGUGACCCGGCUGACGAGCGGAGCAGAACCGCUCGGGCCGAGCCAGCAGCCGGAGCCGGCCUCCGUGACCCAGCCUGCAGGCGCUGCUCUUGGGCUCCGGACCCGGAGAGGCCUCGGCCAACUAGACUCAACAAAAUGAAGCCAGGAUACUUUUGGCUGCAUCUUGCACUGCUUGGGGCCUCGCUGCCAGCUGUGCUGGGAUGGAUGGACCCAGGAACCAGCAGAGGACUGAACAUGGGUGUGGGGGAGUCGCAGGCAGAGGAAUCCAGAAGCUUUGAAGUCACAAGAAGAGGAGGUAAGGGAAAUGCAUCUGUACCUAUUUUAUUCUCAGUGUUGACAUUUUGUAAGCAGUUUGUUGAAGCUAAGAUGAACAUCAGACAGUGAGCAGCCUGUUCUUUGAAAUUUCAUGUGGCCUUUUCUGGGUGAUGACUAUUUGGCACUUGCCUCUAGGGACACUAAGAGCUGAAGCCAGAUUUGCUUUUUUGUGGGAACUAUGUCUUCUACCUUCAAGUAUCCAAGGUGGGGACUGGGGUACUGACUGAUUCAUGAUCAUGUUUACAGUCUUGAGAGAAGCUUCAUUUUUUAGUGUAGUUUGGAGUCAUUAUUUAGUUCACCCAGCAAAAACAACAUCAACAAUAAAAAAUGGUUUAUGGUUUGAGGUAUUUCAAACUGGGGAAAGAUGCCACUGUGAAAAAUAUUUCUGAUUAGAUUCUUAGCUUUAGCUAAGCUGAAAUAGAAAUAACCAAUUCAUUUCCCUUUUGAAAACAAUGCCACAUUGUUCUAUUUUCCCUCCCACCAUUCCUCUAGCACAUUAUUUUCUGAUCUCUGAGGUAAGUACAUAUGGGUGGUAAUUUCUGAAAUCUUUUAGUGGCAUUGUAGUCUCCUUUAUUCACUUUCAGCAAUAUCUAGUCUCCGAUAAGAGAAUGUUUUUUGUAUGAUUUAUAGAAUCAUCACCAAUCACCCCUUAAUUGCAGAGAGAGGAGGAUGCAGUCAGAAACCAAAGUGAGUUCUUGGUCUAGGCUCUAGCUUUUGGUUUUAGCUUUGACCACAUCCUCUGUGGCACUGUCUCCAGAAAGAGUGGUGAUCUACAAAAGUGAGCAAAUUCCAUAUUGACUCAUAAAGCUAACAUAUCCUUGACUCAUGAUUAGUUCUUAUUUUAUGCAUCAGAAUGGAAGACAAGAUGGCCAUGGUAUCAAAGUCUGUUUCUAGAGCUUAGAAACCUAAACUUCUGACAUUAUCUUGUAUUGGUAUAGGCAUUGAAAUAAUUGCUUUCUGCUGUCCAUGGUGCUGGACUGCUGGCUUCAAAGGACCCAUGUGCUGUGGUUCUAGGAUGAACAUUCUGGUUUCUAUUCCCAUUUGGUUUUGUAUUCAGUGUCCUGUGAACUGUACCUAUAGGGUAAACUACAUUGUUUGGGUAUCAAAACCAAAAGAAAUUGGAUGAAGUUGGGCAGGCAGGGAAGGAAGGCAUGUUCUUAUUAAAAGUUGUUUUCACAAUGAGCAUGAUGAGAAUGUAAACUGGAGAGAAAUGGCCAUUAGGAGAGAAGUUGGAGUGAACUUUGGUUUUGAAUACUAUUGUAUUCAUGUUAGUACCCCUGAGCAUGAAUGUUUGGAAUCAAUUUGCAUUACAGAAUCUCAUAUAAACCUGUUUUGGACUCUGACUGUCCUUAUGUUAGAAAUGUCUCUAAAUACUAAGACUGGGGUAUGAGAGAACCUUGUGUGCUUUUGUCCAAAGUCAUGAAAAGGUUUGAUCGGUCCACGCUCCAAAUCCAUAGAAGACUGAAUGUCCAAGGAUGAGCAAGGGUGUGUUUGGGCUCCGCUCUGCUCUUCCAUAGCCCCUUUGUCUCUGGAAGCAGCAGCCUUAACAACUGGCUGACUGGGAGCAUGUGUUUUGGGUUGGUACUGGCAAAUUUGUCCUAACAUCACAUAAACUUUUUUCUUCCUACUGUGAAUGACGUCUUUCUUGCAUGUUCCCAUCAAAGUUGAGUGUUUUCAAGUUUCCGAAAUUUCCCAGUGCCUUAAUGUCAAUCCUUAUAACCUAGCAGGAAGGACGGAAGAGUGGGAUCUUGCAGGUUGGUUCCAAGUAUUUUUAGGUCUGAGAAGGUUGUUAGUCUUCUUGAGAAUACUGUGUGAGUAUAAAAAUAAUAGGGGCAGUGUGACUAUUUCAAUAAAUUAUUAUUCCUACAAAUAAGAAUAAGACAUUAUCGUCCAGCAACAAACACUUCAGAUUGGUUCCUGAGCUCUGACUUGACUAGGAACUGAAAGAAGAGCAAAUCAGCAACACUCUGAAUUUUUCUGCUCAGUUUACAGGUCUAGGAGAUUCUGGAGAAGUAGCCUCUGGACCACAAAACCUAAGAUAUUUUCCUGUUUCUGUUUUGUUUUAAUAUUGCACCUAACUCAGAGGUAGCAUCUCCAUCCAGGGCUCAGUGCUCCAAAUGGAUGACCAGUUGCAACUUCACACUAUGUGACUUUUGGAGACUCUUGAUUAUAUCUGUAAAGUGAGAUGUGGGAAAGGCUAUUAGCAGAGGGAAUGGAGUCCAUGC